GUGCGUUUCGCAUGAGGAAGAGUUGCUAGACAUUUUCAUCUGUUUUCUUCACUGGGAGUUUGAUCAUCAUAUUUUUAUUUUAAUGUCAUUUCAGGAUGGAAUUGACGACAGCCCUGAUCUCCUCGCUGAGGAUCAGGAAAACAAGGGUCGAUCGGAUACGGUGGACUUAACAGACACAUCACUGUUAGUUGAUAUCAGUGACUCACUGAGUGAACGGGACAAAGUCAAGUUCACUGUUCAUACAAAGACAACCCUGCCUCAGUUCAAGAAACCUGAGAUGUCAGUUGUUCGUCAGCAUGAGGAGUUUAUCUGGUUGCAUGACCGCUAUGUGGAAAAUGAGGAAUAUGCUGGCAUCAUUAUUCCACCUGCCCCACCUCGACCAGACUUCGAUGCGUCCCGGGAGAAGCUUCAGCGGCUUGGAGAAGGGGAGGGAACAAUGACUAAAGAAGAGUUCAUGAAAAUGAAGCAAGAGCUAGAGGCGGAAUACCUAGCUACAUUCAAAAAGACUGUGGCAAUGCAUGAGGUGUUUCUGCAGCGGCUAGCAGCUCACCCAGUCCUGCGGCAGGAUGUCAACUUUGAGGUCUUUCUGGAGUAUUCGGGAGAUCUAAGCGUCAGGGGUAAAAACAAAAAGGAGAAGCUGGGAGGAUUUUUCAAGAAUCUUUCAAAAUCUGUGGACGAGACCUUACUUUCAGGACAAAAGGAUAUCGAUGAUAUGUUUGAGAAUGAGAAACAGUUUCUUAUAGAGUACCAUGCCAAGAUCAGAGAUGCUACUCUAAAAGCAGACAGAAUGACCAAAGUGCACAAAAAUGUGGCAGACUCUUACAUUCAGAUUUCCACUGGACUGGUACAGCUGGCUACUAUUGAGAGCACGGAGUUAGAUAAGAUUUUCACAAAAGUAGCUGAGGCAUUGGAAAAGGCAAGGAAACUUGAAGGAAGGGUGGCAUCUGAUGAGGAUCUAAAACUGAGUGACACGUUGCGAUACUACAUGCGAGACUCCGCUGCUGCAAAGGAUCUGCUCUACCGUCGCUCUCGUUCCCUAGCUGACUAUGAGGCUGCAAACAAAGCACUGGAAAAAGCUCGCACCAAGAACAAAGAAGUUGCGCAGGCUGAGAAGACUCAGGAGCAAAGUUGUAAAAAGUUUGAAAAGAUAUCAGAGGUGGCAAAGAAAGAAAUUGGAGAAUUCAAGGUGCGCAGGAUACAAUAUUUUAAAAAGCACAUGGUGGAGUUGGUGGAGCUUGAACUGAAGCAUGCAAAAGCCCAGGUUCAGCUGCUGAAGAACUGUAUCACUGCCUUGGAGGAUGAGUCCUAGUGCUCUGUGCCUUGCCCUGCUCCUCACCUAUCCCUCCCUCUGGUCCCGUCAGAUGAGAGACAUGUCAUCUUUCCAAAUGUCUGGCUGCUGACAGAAUUGCGUUGCUGUGCUGUCUUCUGCUUUAAGAGGAACCAACAGAUGAGAGUCCUUUCAGACUGAUCAGUCUGUUAAAUCCAGGUUGUGUGAAAAACUAGAUGAAAGCUGGUUUUGCACAGCUGACAAGAUCCAUGGUUACAGGAUGUUGAUGCAGAUGCUGUACCGUUGAUAAAACUCAAUCAAAGUGCACACUCAGGCUAACCAGGGAGCAGGGUGUCAGUGACAAAGAAUCUGAGGCUUUGGUAGUGUGAAGAUUACUGGAGUGGGCCUUGGAAUAUAUUUGAGGGUUUGAAAAUCUUUGUCUUGUUGAAGAGUGAAAAUGAGGUUUUGAUUGUUUGAAUAGUGAAUGACUCUAUAUGUGGGUUUAAUAUUGUCAACUAACAUUACUGAAUAGAAUUUUUUUAAUUUUUAGGUCAAGCUGUCAAAACCAGUGCAUGCCAAGUUAUAUACACUGCAAAGUUAUUUCGCUAAUCCCAGAAUGGAAAGCCAUUCCAGAGGCACCGAAUUGUCUGACUGAAAUGUUUUGCAGUUUUUGGAUAUGAAAAUGUCAAAUUGCUUUGUUUUGUGCUAAAACAGACCUGUUGGGAUUACAUGCUCCCAGGUUGUGUGCAGCAUACAUUUUUGGAAAGAUUGCAAACAGAUCUCAUCAGACCAAACACCUGUAAUAACUGUUGUUACAUAUUUUGGCUGCAAGCUGAGCAGCUGCUGAUUUUUAAGUGAGCCCAUAAGUAUCUGUGUUAUAACGAUUCCAACCAGCUACUUCCCCUUCUCCCAAGCAUUGAGAGGCAGAAAAUAUUUCAUUGUUGGCAGAAGGCCGGUGUCUGUCUCAUUUUGUUGGCAUAGUCAUGGAAAUGAAAUACAGGUUAUCGAAUCGGGGCUGCAGUGGAUAUUUUUGAUUAAGUAUGAUGCACAUGGAGACAAAAGAGCAGACCUGUAUAAUCAUUGUUUAGCAAACUACAUGUAUAGAACAGCCAUACAUUUUGCUUGUUUCCAUUUUUUAAAAAUUUUAAAACUUAAAACAAUUUCUGUUUCACAACUCCAUGUACAUGCACACUGAAGAAUGGCAAAUCAACAGGACUAUUAUAUAAACAUAAUAAACACUGCAUUUUUAUGUACAGUAAGAGGCGUAGAAGGGAUGAAAAAAAAAAUCCUUCUGUUUGAAAUGCCCUCUGGAUAGUUUUUGGCAUAUGUAAAGUCAUGAUAGCUGGUAUCUUGAAAACUGGCUUUUGACAGGUUUUGUUCCAUUAGUCACUGAGUAAGAAAAAAAAUAUUGGCAUUUAGAGACCUUUCUAAAAACUGGAGACACAUGCUGAUCAUUUUGUCAGCAACAAGGGAAAAAUAAAUGAGGAAGACAAACUUUCCCAUUGGUUCAGAUAUAGAACCCACCACAUCAGUUUGUCUUGACAAUUACAGCCUGGUUAUCAAGUGAAAUUUUUAUCUUUGCGUAGCCAACAUUUGUGAGGCCAUAGUUGGCAGAAUUUUGUGAAACGUUUAUUUGUGAUUUAAGAGGUCGCUUGAGUCAUAUUUCAGCUUGUGUAUGAUGCCUAGCUGAAAACAUUGCAUGCAGCAUGAACAGAAUUUUUAAAAAGAAUAUUACGCAUCACUGUGAGUCUGGUGACUAGUCCCUUUAGUACUUAUUCUACAACUGAUAAUUUUGUAUGCUGCAGUGAAUCAUCAAUAGGAGGCAUGAUGAUGAAGUAUUCUUGAGUGUUUGCCUGCUCCUAUUUGACCAAGUUGUUUGAGAUUCAUUGAAUCAUCAUCUUCUAGUGUUCAACAGUUGUCAUUUAAAUCAUCUAUUGCAUUUGUUCUAGCACCCAAAGAGAUGGUAGUCAAAGACUGAUAAUUCUGUCUUUUCUGAUUACUUAUUUGAUGUAUAUUAGGGUAAUUUAACAACAAUGCCAGUAGAGCAUGCCAACAGUAACUGUUCCAUGUCGCAUUGAACUGUUGCACAACAUUAUUUAACUUGCCAUGCUAAGAAAUCGUGAACGAGACAGUUUUUCUCGUCAUAUCCAUGUGAACACCACUUGCUUCUGCUGACUUAGAAGACAAAAGAUAUCGCAAUCCAGGUUCUCACUAGACUGCAAAGAACUGCUGAAGGGACAUUAAAUUGUUUUAGAAGAAAACUGUAGCUAAUGACGUAAAGUUUCGGGAAAAGAAGAAAAAGAUACUGACUGCGAAGCAUUUUUAAGGUCUUACACGAUAGAAGAAAGCUAUGGGGAAUAAUUAUACAGGUGCUGUAGCUAGAUAGAACUUGCGGGGGAACUUCUCACUUUGGAGAAGUUGCCGCAAGAGCUUACAGAGCAAGAGAACCCAGUCGACAUGACCAUGACGACGAUGGUUGAUCUGUGCAGCAUCUGUCGUGAAGUGCUGAACGAUUCCGGACACCAUGAUUGCCAUUCGUGCAGCUGGAGUCAAAGGUCGCGUGUGUGAGAGAAAGUGUGCGACGUGGUACUAGCGAUGGGUAAACGGGGAGAAGAUUGUUAACAUGCCAGUAGUUAAGAAGUGACAGCAGCCCUGACCCGUACGCCAACAAGCAAAUGGAGGUCAAGCGACAUUUGGCAACAACAAAAUCCAAUUCCUAGUGAAAGAAGAUCUUUUGUUUCAGUUUUUUUUUAAACACGUAAAUGCAUGUUUCUAUCGUUACGGGGUGCUUGUUGGACAGAGCAACGAUGACCGCUUAAUGGGGAGAUGAGAAGGGUGUCCACCCCACCCCUUACUUGCGGAGAACCAUUUAAUAAGUCGGUAGUACAUUCGACCUAAACUUAAACAGGCUAUUUUUUCAGUGAUUUUUUUUUCCAAGUUAAGGAUCAACGGAAGGUGUGGGUGUUUUGGGCUGAAGUUUAAUCAGGUGUUAUAUACCGAGGUCGUUAAUCGCGAUGAGGGUAUAGCCGUCUGGCUAGACCGUAGAAGAAGGUGUUUCGUGGCUGAAGUUUAAUCAGAUUUGCAUAUACCGAUGAGACCGUCAAAGAUGGUGUUUCGAGUCUGGUUUGUCCUUCAGACAAAGGGGAAAGCCGGGCGUAGAACUGACGAUGACCAAAGAUUGGGGUUGGGGGUCGGAGAGUGGAUGGGGUGGUGGUGGGAGAAGACCAGAAAGACCACCACGUUGCGUUUUCAUUACAACAUCAGCAACAUCGUCCCAUCGUUAUGUCACUCCUGUUGCGGACUGUUCUAGCCAUCGCUGUCUUCGGUGAUGUAUUUUCAAAUGAUGCAAAAUAAGUUGAUCGAUUUUGUAGACAUUAUGUAUACAUUCCAAAUCCUUGUUAUAGAAAAAGUCUUUGUCGGGCAUGAUUGAAUCAAAGUAAGAGAUCGUUUGUUAUAUCUAUAUAAGUGUAUAUAUAUACAUCUAGCUUCACUUCCUCCACAGUCUUGUGUUUUGUUUUUAUACAGUGGUUCUUACUAUCAGAGACAAAUUGGUGUUUGUUCAUGCUGCGCAGCUUUGAAGUUGUGCAUAAGAGACAAGACCGUGAGCGACAUCUGUACAGCACUCGUGCAGACAUUUCUGCAUCUGCAGCACGCGCGCACCGGCGCAUCCCUUCUGUCCUGCCUUCCCAGUAGGCCGAGCGCAGCGUGUGAGCACGUGGUAGCUGUAGGCGGGGAUCUGCGCCAGUGACCCAUUCUGUGUUGGAGACUAUUUUCAAUAAAAUUUUGUGCAAUGCC